CGUUUCGAGCUUCCACAGCUUUUCAUUCUUUCAGUUUCAGGUUUAUGAGCUAGUGUCGAAGUGGAAGACCAAAGAGAGAGAUACAUUUGACACUGUUGUUGAUCUCGAAACCAUGUGGGCAACAACUACAACUGUCUCUUUCCCUUUUUACACAAAGGCGAAGCCACCAAAUUCUCUAUCUAGUUUUGCUACUAACAACCGCAACUCUCUGAAGCUCAAAGCAUCUCUCUCUGACUAUCCCCUUGCAAGCAGAAUCAUGGUCAGAAAUUUACCAUAUUCAACCAAUGAAAGUAGUUUGCAACAGCAGUUUUCAAAUUUUGGCCAGAUAGCUGAAGUGAAACUAGUCAAGAAUGGAGCCACAAACAGGUCAAAAGGCUUUGCAUUUAUUCAAUAUACUUGUCAAGAAGAUGCCAUGCUUGCCCUAGAGAAUAUGGAUAAUAAGAACUUUGAUGGCAGGGUGAUUUAUGUAGAGCUAGCAAAGCCUGGGGGUGAUGCCUCUAAAGGAUACCUGAGAACCUUGGGACCACCAAAGGUGCCGCAUUUGCAUUUGCAUUUGCAGGAGCAGGAUGAGGUGCCAGAUUGCUGGUACUAAUCAUUUGUUUUUUAUCAAAAUCAAGAAAAUAGGAUAGGUGACAAAAUGGGGGUGGAGUUACAAUGGAGCAUUGCUAUUCAAGUAGAUCUGGACAAUAUGAUCAAUGUAACUGAUAAUGUCUGUGAUUUACCAAUGGCAUUGGUUCUAAUCAAGAGAAUAUGAUCAAACACUCUCCGAGCACUUGGUACCCUCAAUAAAUAAUUACAUCACUAUAUUUUACACUAUAA